UUGAUUCUUCUCGCAGUCACCCGCUUGCUUCACUUCAGUCCCUUUGUUACUUGAACGGUCGGUGGUUGUAGACGCGCUUGUCUGCAAGGAAACAUGGGAGCACAAGAUGGAGAGAGUGAGCCGGAGCAGUUCCGCAAGCUGUUCAUUGGCGGCCUGGACUACAAGACGACUGAGGAUAGCCUCAAGGGCCACUUUGAGCAGUGGGGGGAGGUGGUCGACUGCGUGGUGAUGCGGGACCCCUCCACCAAGAAGUCUCGGGGCUUCGGUUUCAUCACAUUUCGCCGGGCACAGAUGGUGGAUGACGCACAGGCGGCCAGACCCCACAAGGUGGACGGACGGGAGGUGGAGCCCAAGCGGGCAGUGCCCCGUGAGGAGGCCGGGCGUCCGGAGGCUCAGGCCACGGUCAAGAAAGUGUUUGUUGGGGGCCUGAAGGACGACGUGGACGAGUCGGACCUGCGCGACUACUUCGCCCAAUUUGGCAACAUCCUGUCGGUCAACCUGGUCACCGAGAAGGAGACCGGCCGCAAGAGGGGCUUUGCCUUUGUUGAGUACGACGACUACGACCCCGUGGACAAGAUUGUCCUGAAGCGUCAUCACAUGCUGAAGGGCAAGCGGACAGAGGUGAAGAAGGCCCUCUCGAAGCAGGAGAUGGAGAACCUGAAGAAAGACAAGCGGCCGUCGUUCCGCGGUGGCGGAGGCCGAGGCGGCAGAGACUGGGAAGGAGGCUACGGUGGUGGCGGCUACGGAUCCGGUGGCGGCGGCUACGGAGGCGGUGGCUACGGAUCCGGGGGAGGGGGCUAUGGCGGAGGAGGAAACUGGAACCAAGGUGGCGGUGGUUACGGCGGAGAUGGCUACGGCUCCGGUUUUAACCAAGGUGGCUGGGGAGGAGGCGGAGGAGACUUUGGCUCCGGUUAUGGAAACAGCUACGGGGGCGGACCCAUGCGCGGAGGCCCUGGUGGAUACAACCAGCGUGGCUCUGGGCCUUACGGCAACGGGAGCUCAGGCGGCGGCUACCGGAGAUAAGCGGCCAUGCAGCAGCACAUUGGGGGGCAGCCAGACAGGUUGAGGUGCAGAACAGGGCAGGGACGCCAGGGCUAGGCAGCUGAGGCUUGGCUAGGCCGUUGGAGCUAGCUAGGCACUGGUUUCCCCGCACUGCUCGGGCGCAUCGGCCAGGAAGGAAGGACAGACUAGCCGUGCCGGCUGCUUCCCACGAAGGCUGCCCCCAGCCCCUCAUACGCCACAGCAUUUCUUAACAAACGCCUCAUUGUCAUGUAUACACCUUUGUCCUCUCACUAUGGAAGCGCCUCCCCCAUCUCCUCGUGGCCAGUCGCUAUGUCGAGGCACCUCUUAGAUGUACCGCGAGUGAUCGUCUGGGUAAAUAAAGUGCGUUCAGGAUGUC